UGUGAUAUAUGGACCACGCCCUCCUCGCAUGGGCGGAGCGCCAUGCGAGGAGGGCGAUCCGCAAAGGUCAUUGUGCCAUUUGAAUUGCACUCGGCCAUGCCUUCUCACCAACCCGCUAAGCUUGUUCCGCAGAAAUUGCGCAGGAACGAACGGGAACGCAAACGAGUCGAUCAGGUGAACCAAGGCUUCAAUCAACUCCGCCACCGGGUACCACGACCUCACGGCUCCAAGCAAAAACUGUCAAAAGUGGAGACACUGCGCGAAGCUGCCAGAUACAUUGAACAACUGCGAGCCAUGCUUCAACAAACUCCCUACGAAGUUCAACCCACACAACGAGUUUCCUUCCCACCGCAGCAGCAGCACUAUUAUUCAGCUAAUGAUCUCUCACCAUAUUAUCCAAAUGCUCACACUCAAGCUGAGAUUUCACCUUCUUCAUCCUAUUACAGUGACUCUUCAUUUGAAGAGCAAAAGUAUUGCAAUUUUAUGCAACAUUGAUUUUCUUUCAUAGAAAAUGUCUUAACGACGUUUUAGAAUUUAUUUAGCUAUUUUAUUCUUAUAAUGUUUUCAGUCACUGUGAUCGGGUUUGUUU